AGGCAUCCCAACAAGACAGAGGUACCCUCUCACCCUUCCUUAUCUUUCCAGCCUUCUUCCAACCCCCGCCGUUCCGCCACCACAUUCACCACCGUCAUGGCUUCAAUCAUAGGCGUCUCCUCCCUCUACCAACUGCCCACAAGACCCACCACACUUUCACCUCCCUUCAUAUCUCCUAAACCCCACUUCAUAUCCCUACCCACACUCAAACACAACAUUGCCGGCGGUGCUUCUUCUUCUUCUUCUUCUUCUUCUUUUGUUGCGUCGGCUGUUUCGGCCCGUAAUUCGGUUAUUAGUGAGGACCUCUUUGAGGGUCUUGCUUUGUUUGAUAAAGCUUCUUCCUUGGAAGAUGGUGGUGGUGAUAAUGUGUCUGAAUUUCAAGCUUCCAUUGAUGAUGUUAAUGAUGGUGGUGGUGGUGAUGAUGAGCUUGCAGUUAGUAGGUUGGGUUUGCCUCAAAAAUUGGUUGAAACUCUUGAGAAAAGAGGGAUUACUAAGCUUUUCCCAAUUCAAAGAGCUGUAUUGGUUCCUGCACUAGAAGGCCGCGAUAUUAUCGGGCGUGCAAAAACGGGAACUGGGAAGACAUUAGCCUUUGCAAUUCCUAUAAUUAAACGACUCACUGAAGAGGAUGAAGACAACCGAAACAGUCUCGCAGGACGCCUUCCAAGAGUUUUAGUGCUUGCACCGACCCGAGAACUGGCAAAGCAAGUAGAAACAGAAAUCAAAGAGUCCGCCCCGUAUCUACGCACUGUUUGUGUCUAUGGCGGUGUCUCUUACACUUUACAGAAAAAUCAACUGUCACGCGGCGUUGAUAUAGUGGUUGGCACUCCUGGAAGACUCAUUGACCUGGUCAACAGUAAUGUUCUUAAAUUAGGAGAAGUUCAGUUCUUGGUUCUUGAUGAGGCCGAUCAAAUGCUUGCGGUUGGUUUUGAGGAAGAUGUGGAAACGAUCCUUGAAAAACUUCCGCCACAGAGGCAGAGUAUGCUUUUUUCAGCAACGAUGCCCCGUUGGGUUCAGAAACUCUCGAGGAAAUACUUGAAAACACCAUUGACAAUCGAUUUGGUUGGUGACCAAGACGAAAAGCUGGCAGAAGGUAUCAAGCUUUAUGCUAUACCAACCACCUCAACUACAAAGCGGUCAAUGCUUGGUGAUCUUGUCACGGUAUACGCAAAGGGUGGGAAGACCAUUAUAUUCACUCAAACAAAAAGGGAUGCAGAUGAAGUCUCCAUGGCAUUGACUAGUAGUAUAGCUUCAGAGGCAUUACAUGGUGACAUAUCUCAACAUCAAAGGGAAAGAACACUUAAUGGAUUCAGACAAGGAAAAUUUACCGUGCUUGUUGCCACCGACGUUGCUUCUCGUGGGCUCGAUAUACCAAAUGUUGACUUAGUUAUCCACUAUGAACUACCGAAUGAUCCGGAGACUUUUGUGCAUCGUUCUGGAAGAACCGGGCGUGCAGGAAAGAAAGGCAAGGCCAUUUUGAUGUACACAAAUAGUCAAAGGAGAACAGUCAAAACUCUCGAGCAAGAUGUGGGAUGCAAAUUUGAAUUCAUAAGCCCUCCAGGUGUUGACGAUGUAUUGGGUUCAUCAGCAGAGCAAGUGAUUGCUACCCUUUCUGGCGUUCAUGAUGAGUCCAUAGACUUCUUCACCCCAACUGCACAAAAGCUAUACGAUCAACAGGGUACACGGGCUCUUGCUGCUGCCCUUGCACACAUGAGCGGUUUCUCCCAACCUCCAUCCUCCCGUUCUCUUAUCACACACGAGCAGGGAUGGACAACGUUACAAAUGACACGGGAUUCUGAUUCAUCAAUAAAAGGGUACAUGUCGGCUAGAACAGUCACGGGAUUCUUGUCCAGUGUUUAUGCUACUGCUGCUGGUGUACUUGGAAAAAUACAUGUUAUAGCAGACAAAAAGGUUCAAGGUGCGGUUUUUGAUCUUCCGGAAGACAUUGCCAAAAAUCUGUUAUCCAAGGAGAUACCUCCUGGCACCACAAUUACAAAAAUUAGCAAGUUGCCUGUACUGGAAGACGAUGGUCCGGCAAGUGACUUUUAUGGUAGGUUCUCAAACGAGAGAAGGUCACGGGGUGGAAGAAGGGAAGGUGGUUCUAGUGGGUCCCGAGGUGGUUGGGGUGGUAACAGUCGAUUCUCAUCAGGUGAUGAAGGGGAUAAUAACUUCAGGAGAGGCGGUAGGAGUGGCGGAAGAGGUGGUGGCAGUAGUUGGUCAAGUGGUGGCUCGAGAAGCGGUGGAAGUGAUUGGUUGAUUAGUGAUAGACGACGUGCUCCAUCAUCUGGAAACCGUGACAGAAAAAUUGCGGGUCCAUGUUUCCACUGCGGGCGGUCCGGGCACAGGGCGUCUGAAUGUCCCAAGAAGGAAGACUAUUAGUUGACCACGCUGUCGAGGUUUGAACCAUCGAUGAAGCUUAAAAAUGGGGGGCACGGUUUGCCCCACAUGCUAGCGACCGGUCAGGGUGCUUUCAAUCUUGGUCAAAAUCGACAACAAAUAACCGUUUGCUUGCAUGAUGCUGAAGCGGUCUGAUCGGUCACUCUGCCGUAUGAUUGCAUUUCGUAUGCUUUUGCAGGUGUUAAGUUUGUUGUAAUUUUUUUGUGAACUCGUUAACCCAACAAAGGAAUGAUUGUAAAAUGCAAAGCUAGUAGGUAACAAUGAUUUUAACAAAUGCAAGUUUUUACUGAAGUUUUUAA